CUUGUGUGAUUAGAUUUAGAUUUUGAACUGGUGAGAUGGCGUUGUUUAGUUUACUCAUCCUGACCUCCUUGAGCAUUGGGAUCCUUCAGGCAUUGACCACAACUGACUGUGGAGCAUAUUCCAGAAAACCAGAGUACACCGACAUCUCUGUGGUCUGCGGGACCUCUACUAUGGACCUGACCAUCCUCAUCUGCCCCGCCGUCUAUACCGGAUACAAUGAGACUCUCCUGAUCCUGAACCAGAUCGUGGAUAACCCAGACUGCAAGGGUAGACUGGACAUGUCAGUCACUCCGCCAGUACUCCGGUUCAGCUUCCCCAUACGACUGGGUAACGCCUGCGGAAGUACCUUCCUGACCACGAGUUCACCAGGCAUAGGAAUAUUCUCGGACUUUUCAAACAUUCAAACGGUCAACGUAAGUGGUGUGGUCCGCUCUUUUGACCCUACCGAAGGGGCCGUCACCUACAACGCUGAGCUCAAGUACUUCUACUCAUGCGCUUACCCACUGGAGUACCUCAUCAACAACACACAAGUAGAUGUUGCUGCGUCCUCCAUUGCUUUGAAGGAAAUCAAUGGCAGCUUCAUCAGCACCCUCAGCAUGGCUCUGUACAAGGAUGAAAACUACACCACACCCCUUGUUAUUCCGUACCAGGGGGUCGAGCUAAGAACUAACAUCAAUGUUCAGGUUCUUGCUGUCAACCUGACAUCCCAGUAUAAUGUUCUUCUGGACCGGUGCUAUGCCUCAAUUUCACCCAGACCCUCCAACUCAACCAUCUUUAAUCUGUUUGUCUCGUGCUCCGUAAAUCAGCAGACCACCAUAAUAGAGAACGGGGUGAGCCAGAAGGCCCGCUUCAACUUCCCGGCAUUCCGCUUCAUCGAGCAGCAGAAUGAGACCGUCUCCACCUACUACCUCCAUUGCAUUACCAGACUUUGUGAACCCAGCACCUGCAGCACCUUCAAGCAAUGCAAUAGGAGGAGGAGAGGUGUGGAGGCCGUUAUCGACGACGGUGUCACUGAGCAGACUGUCCUUACCGUGCCAAUCAAGACCAGGGCUGAGAGCACCAUAACCUCCCCAAACACAGCACUGUCCGGUGAUCAAAAAUCUGAGAGUGGGACAUCAGUUGGUCUGGGAAUUGCUGUGGCAGUUCUCAUUGUGGUUGCGGUGGCUGCUAUUCUGAUGGCUGCCACCUUCUACCGUAAACUAAACAGGCUAGGCUAAGAGUUUGUAGGACACAAGAAAAAGUGACAAAGCAACACUUUUGACAAUGAAACAGUAUGUCCAUACUGAAAGAAAUACUCUCUUGACUAUCUUUCAUUUUUGGACCCUGCAUGUGUCUUUGCUCCACAUGUUAAGCUUGUAUCAAUAACUACAUUGAGGAAGUUGGUUUACAAAACAUGUAGCUACAUACUGUAUAGUGUGCACCAAUCAUCUCUGUAUGUGUACAUAAACCAUGAGCUUGGGUGAAGCAGAUACAUCAUUCCUGACCCUGUGAGAAUCCUUCUCUUUAGUUGGUUAGGAGGGGCAGGAGGGUUUGUGCACUCCAGAGCAGCAUUUAAAGUCGUUCACUUAGAUGAUGCUCUCGUCUUUAAGUUUUUUUUGCAUGUGAUGUAUGAAAAGGUGGGCAUGUAGAAUUAAACUGUGGUUGAUAUGAGUGGGCAGUUAUCCUGAAUUCCAGUGGGCCCCGAAGCCAUGAUGCCAAUUGAAGCCAUAUGGCAAACUUUGUUUCAGAACAAAAAUAGAACUUUUUGUUUGUUCAUGUUCAGAGGGGGUACAGGUCAAUUCUGUAUUUUUAUUCUUUAAUUCCUUACAUGUUAUAUUAUCACAAACAUUUUACAGCUACAGUUCACUGUGACCCGUGUUGUGUGAAAAGUUUGUAAAUGGUAGAAGACAUGAAUGGUAGCAGUUGUGUAUUUGUAUUAUUUUGCUUCAUGUCUCUAUGUGGCAUCAUCAUUAAAACUUAC